CCAGUUUACGUGCACAAGGGUGGAUGUGGCAGGUGUGGCUGGCGGCGGAGGAGUCGGAGGCGGUGGCCACGGCGCUGGAGCCCAAGCUGGUCAAGACACGCGCGGCCGUGGAGCAGGUCCUGUUCGACGUGGUGAUGCUGGAGGUGGCGCUGCGCAACGGCGCCGACCCCGUCACACUGGCCAACCUGAUGCCCAAGCACUGGGCGGACUUCAUCCGCAACAGCGACAUCACAGAGGUCAAGCCCAUCGGCACCACGCCGCUCAGCGGCGGGCGGCGGCCGUAGAGUGGGGGCGGAGGGUGCGGGUGUGGAGGUGGGGUGGAGGAGUGGGUUGGCGGGUGCGGGUGUGGAGGUGGGGUGGACUGGUGGAGGAGUGGGCGAGGAGGCGUGUGAAGGUGUGUGUGAAGGUUGGGGAUGCAUUCGGGCAGGGCAGGGUUUGCACACGUGCCUCCCUUGGUGGCUUGCUUGCUUGCCCUGAGGCUUUGGCGCCUCUGGGUCUGGCCUGCUAACCCGGCUUGGGGGCUGGAGCGAACAGAGCGGUGAGCAGCCAUGGGCAUGGAGUGACGCAGGGGGGGCGGGGCGGGAUGGCUCCCGGGCUGCUGACGUGGCAGAGCUCAACGGCCGUGGGCUGCCCUGGCAAAGUGUCGCAAGGCGAUUCUGGUGGUGGUGCGUGGCUUGAGACAACACAGGACAACAGCGGCGGCAGAUUGCUGCUGCUGCUGGUGCUGCUGCUGCCUGUAGCUGCCUUGUCCGGCCGUAAGCAAGGGCGGAGUAAGGGUCCCCGGCGUCUGCGGCCCCGGCGUCUGCGGUCCAGGUGGCCAGGCUCCGGAGGUUGCUGAGUUCCUCGCUGUGGGGAGUUUGAUGGCGGUGGGGGCAUGGAAACGGGGCGAGGAGUCGGAGCCUCGGAUUGUCGAGCGGGACACGGCGGGACGCGCAACACCGGCGCGCAAGCGUGUACAUCGUAGCCUGGAUUUAUCCCGCGUAGACAUCGCGCUACGUCACAGAGACAUGAUGUGUGCGAUGCAUUAAUUCGACUGGCUGCAUGGCUGGAUGUUCGACUUGGUCUUCGUAACUGGCACCUGUCGGCACAGUUUCGGCCUGCACACAGCGAUUAUAAGUUAGCAGCGAUGACAACAUAACUACUUCCUGAAUCUCGGAGAACGCCUGCUACGCAAGAUGAUAUAUGCUCAGUUCGCAGCCGCACAGUCAUGCGACAAGUACCCUUCGCUACAUGUGAAUACCUCACAUCACUCUAGCAGCCUUUUUAUGGCACUGAUAAGACGAGAGCGCGAGAGGCGCUCUGAGCGCUGAGCACUUUGCUUAAGUAUUAGCGCUGAGCCCUUUGCAUUCAUGGAAUUUGUAGGCGCCGCUUUUUAACAAUGCGUGUUCCUAUUGGAGAAGAGCACAGCCCUCGCAAGUCGUUGUCCUCGCGGGCAGCUCUGUUUCUUGCAGCUGUUUGCCUGAAUCUUGCAGCAGCAGAUGCAUCAGCUUCUGUGGAGCUGGCUCCCGCUGCGGCUUCGACAGCUCGCGAACUUGUUCUUGCCCUGGUGGCAGCCAACGCGAGCCGCACCCUAAGUCGUGUUGUAAUUAUUACAAACG